AUGCAUCUUCCGACACCGCUCCGCUCCUCGUCCACAGUCACGUAUAUCAUCAGCACACCCUACGGGCACACGGUUGUGUCGGCACUGUCACCGGCGACACUUCGGCUUGCAAUUAUCUCGAUCGCGCGACACUACCAUGGAGCGACGCGGCGGGACAGUCGGCCUCGGGCGCGGACCGCCGUGCGAUGCGCCCCAGCGCGAGACCGGACUCCACGUCUCGGGGCGAGGAUGCGGGAUCGGCUUCGGCGCAAUACCCGUCACGAAAAUAAUAGGAGCGGCGACUGCACCUCGGAGGCGCGACGCGACGCGGUCGGUGCGAGCGAGACGCGGAUAAACACCAGACUGUUUACUUACGGUGUUCGAGUGCGGGGCGGCGCGCGGGGCGAGGGGCGAUCGCCUGCAAUCCGCGCGCUGCAAUUACUCGCCCGUACUCCACAAUUCCAUCCUAACCAUACUGUAAUGAGUGCCCAACAUCACAAUGCCUAA